GUCAAGACGGAAAACCGUAAACUCACCCAGAAAACUGGCUACUCCGUGCUCAUCUCUCUAGUUUCUCCGCCCCCAAAAGCUACUCAACACGACCCCUCCCUUAGAACACCCCAAUUUCCCUUCUCUUCCCCGGCGACGUCCCCAAGCCCACUGAUUCCGGCCAGAUCGACGGUCACCUCGAGCUCGCGCAGCCCCCAUGGUGUCCCGGACCCCUCCAUAGUGCCCCCCUACAGUUAUACGCCCCGAACCCUAACCAUUUCGUACCUCGAGGUAUCUGCCCCCCCUGUACCUCUAGUGUUAAUACUUUUGGGUUUGGGGAGGCGUCCGCCAGUGGCUGCGAGUGCGUAAAUAUGGGGGAGGGUUCUGGGCGGACUCGUUCCUCCCGCGCCGCUCGGGCGCAAAACCCUAGCUAUCAGGAGGAGGAGGAGGUUGCAGCGGCCGCGAGGCGGGUCAAGGCUGAGAUCGCCGACGAUCUGAACGGCGACCCCGCGGAGGAUGAGGAUGAAGAGGAGGUGGAGGAGGGCGAGGACGAGAUGGUUGUCGCCUCCGACGAGGAGGGCGGCGACGAGGACGAAGGGGAGGCGGAAGGCGGCGGUGGGGAUGACGGCUUUGUGCCUCGUACGCUGGAGGAGGCCCUGGUGCCGCGGGUGGGCACGGUGUUCAACUCCGUCGACGAGGCAUUUUCGCUCUACAAGGCAUACGCCUACCGCAUGGGAUUCCACGCCGUGCGCCGCACCUGCCACAACUACGAGGGGCUUCGCUACCGAUCCACCUUCUCAUGCACCCAGAGUGGCAAGCCUCGGGCUGGCGCCCCGUCUGAAGGUCCAAGUGCCCGCUACCCACUCCGCAGCAAGCGCGGGGCAGCCACCCAGGAGAAGCGGGCGCGGCGUGCCACAUCUGAGAAGACUGGAUGCAAGGCGAUGCUGAUAAUUCGUGACAAGCGGGUGAACGAUAGGUGGAAGGUGGAGUUUGUUGACUUGGAGCAUAACCAUCCUUGCACGCCUGAUAUGGUGAGGUUCUUAAAGGCCUAUAGGGAGAUGCCUGAGUCAGCCAAGAAGAAGUCCAAGAUCACAGAUGAGAUGGAUGAGAUGGUGGAGAAGUCGUUGAGUGAGAUUGCUGAGACCAGGAAGUUCCCGACUCGCCCCAAGCGGAGUGUCACUGCUGGAGCUGUUGUUGCUGGGUUGAGGUUUAGUAGAUGCGACAGUUUUGUGCAGCGUUUCAGGGAGGAUGACCUCAAUGCAGUCAAGAAGUUCAUUGAAAAGAUGCAGCAAAAGAAACCAAACUUAAUUCACAGCUGGGAUCUUGAUGAGGAAAGUCGUGCCAAGAAUUUUUUCUGGACUGAUUUGAGGUCUCAAGCGCAAUACCGCUACUUCGGUGAUGUUAUUACUCUUGAUGUUACUUACUUACAGCACUCUCGUGCUAGCCUCCCAUUAGCUACACUCCUUGGAGUGAACAACCACGGCCACCUUGUGCUACUUGGAUGUGGUCUGCUCUCCGAAGACAGUAAAGAAAACUAUGUUUGGUUGUUGAAAAGGUGGUUGAGCUGUAUGAACGGCAAGGCGCCCGAGGCGAUUACCACCAGCUAUUCAGAUGUGGUGGCAGAGGCUGUGGCUGAGGUAUUGCCACAUGCGAGGCACCGUUUCUGCUUUUGGCAUAUCUUGAAGAAGCUCCAAGAAAACGUGGGGCGUACACAUGAGAAAGAAGCAAUUUGUUCAAGAUUCAAGGAUGUUGUUUAUGACACAGUCACUCUUACUGACUUUGAGAAAGAGUGGGGAUCCAUGGUUGAGCAUUACAAGCUCAAAGACAAUGAAUGGUUCUCCGCACUGUACAGCUGUCGGAAGCAGUGGGCUCCUGGUUAUGUCAAUCAUUCAUUCUGGGCUGGUACAUCUGCUAUCAGGAAGGUCGAAAAACCAGAUCCAUAUUUUGACGGUGCUGUGACAACUAAAACUACCCUGCCAGUUUUUCUUGAGCAAUAUGAGACUACCCUGAAAGGGAAGUUGGAAAGGGAAGCAUAUGAUGAUCUGCGCUCUUAUUAUUCUAGGCUCACUUUGCUGUCAGGAUUACCAUUUGAGGAGCAACUUGUGGAGCUCUACACAGUGCCCAUGUUUCAGGCAUUCCAAGAUGAGAUCAAGCAAUUGAUGCAUGUGAUUUGUAAAGAGGUAGACAGGAGCGGGAAUUCAGUUACCUACAUGGUCAGUGAGUUAAUACAAGGAAAGAAGGUUGACUAUACAGUUGUGUACAACAAUUCUGACAAGGAUGUUUGGUGCAUCUGUCGCUCCUUUCCAUCACGAGGGAUCCUUUGCAGCCAUGCUCUAUCUGUUCUGAAGCAAGAAAAUGUGUUAAUGCUGCCAUCAAAAUACAUCCUCAAUCGCUGGAGGAAGGACUUCAGAAUACUUAACACACCCGCAAGCUCCAGCUCUGUGGCAUUAGUGAGAGAACUGAGCAUAUUUGAUGAUCUUUAUGUGCGUGGCCAUGAAUAUUUAGAAGAUGCUAUUGACAUUGGGGCUAGAGAACCUGAAUUAAAGGAGUUUGUGUUGUCAGCCAUGAAAGAAGCAAAGGACAAACUAAUUAGGCUUGAUCAGAUCCAGCAAGGUGAUCAACGGGUUGAUGUAAACAUGGCAUUAACUGGCCAAGCAUCCACAGAUAGAAGAGUUGAUGUGAACAUGACAUCAAACACCACUCCCCUCAUUCAUGGGGACAGAAUGGUCGAUGCAAAUAUGACAUUAAACACCACAUCCAUGAUUCACGGGGACAGGAGAGUUGAUAUGGAAAUGCAAACACCCCACCUUAUCCACGCAGAAGGAAGAGUUGACAUGAACAUGGCAUCUCCCCACUUGAUGCAGAGGGACAGAAGAGUUGACAUGAAUAUGUCGUCCCCUCACCUGAUUCAGGGGGACAGAAGAGUCGAUAGGAACCUGGGGUCGCCACACUUUAUACAAAGUGACAGAAGAGUUGAUAUGAACCUGGCAUCACCACAUAUGAUACACGGGGACCGGAGAGUUGAUAUGAACAUGGCGUCGCCACACCUCAUACACGGAGACAGAAGAGUUGAUAUGAACAUGGCAUCUCCUCACAUGAUGCAGGGUGAUACAAGAGUGGAUAUGAACAUGGUAUCCACUGCUCAGGAUGAUGGGAUGCACACUUUUGAUUUGGUGAACGUAAAUCUGGAGGGUGGCUCUUUGUCAAUGGCUGCAACUGAUUUCAUGCAAAUGCAUCCACAUCCAACCGUUUACCAUCCCAAACAACUCCUCAGUAUGAGAGACCAGGUGAUAGACUCAAAUAAGAGACCCAAUGUCGAAACAAAUACGUACUUUAUGGGAGGUGGAAUGCAUGUGGGGUAGUUUAAUUGUUUACCCCUGUAACAUUUUGUGUUUAGAGGAGGACACAACCAACCUUGUUGUAUGUUCAUAUGUAUGUUCUUAGAGCAGGCAGUACAACUAAUCACUAGUUUGUACUAAUUGCAGUUGAAUCAUUGACUGCUGGUAGCUCCUUUUGACCAUUUUUCUUCUUCUGUUUGGCAGUUGUAGCAAGGUACUUUAAUGGCAUUGUUCUGUGCAUAUUGUUGAUAGAUAGUAAUAAUUUUCCUGGGCAUCUGGUAAUUUGAA